GAAAAAUACAGAAGAAUGGUUUGGGAGAAAAAUAUGAACUUCAUUGCGAAGCAUAACCUGGAGCAUUCAAUGGGAAAACACACAUUUACUGUAGGAAUGAAUCAGUUUGGAGAUCUGACCAUGAAGGAGUUUGCGCAACUUUUGAAUAAAUUCAACAAAAAAGAAGUGGGGAAUUCGACGUACAAAGUGUUUACAGCUCAGCAGAAUGCUGACCUGCCGUCAUUUGUUGACUGGCGCCCUAAAGGUUAUGUUACUCCAGUGAAGGACCAGGGACAAUGUGGCUCCUGCUGGGCUUUCAGCACGACUGGAGUACUUGAGGGCCAGGUAUUUAAGAAAACAGGAAAACUCAUUUCCCUGAGCGAACAGUACCUGAUGGACUGUAGCAGAGAUGUAGGGAACCGAGGCUGUAAUGGUGGAUACAAAGUGCGAUCCCUUCUAUUUAUCAAAGAAAAAGGCAUCAGUUCAGAGCAAUCCUACCCCUACACUGCAAAGGAUGGGGAAUGCAAGUUCAACAGAAAUGAUAUUGUCGCCACUUGCAAGGGUGUCAGGAAGAUUCCGACAGAUUCGGAAGCGGAUUUGGCUGCAGCUGUGGCCACAGUUGGACCGAUCUCUGUCUCCAUCGAUGCAGAGCACAGAUCCUUCAUGUUGUACAAAUCAGGUGCUGGCUGACCAGCUGUGUUUCCAACAUUUUCUGAGAUCAGCUUCAGGUUGUUCAAGCAAAAAGCUGGCAAAGAUACAGGAUUCAUCAAUAACAUUGCAAGUUCAAUGGAAAGAGUGUCAUAGAUUCUGAGCAAUCAUUAGUGAUACCCAAGCACGUCGGUUUCCCAAUCAGUGAUAUUGCCAUGGGAAG